AUGAUCAACGUCACCACCAGCGGGAUCGAGCAUUGCGUCAGUCGUCUGAACCACGAGUCAAGUGGUGCUAUCCGCAAAUACGAAAUAAGUAUAGAUGACUUGACGAGCCCGGAGCCAAUGACGAACAGCGUUUGCGCGGAGAUGGACGCCUUGCGCCCCAGAGUAGCCUGCGAUGGAGUCAGAUCCCAGACGUGGAUGUUCCAUCCGUACAGCUCAGUUGCCAGGAUCACUGUCACCGUGACCCCGACACCUAUGACCUUUAAUUUGUCCUUGGCUGUCGGUCAGUUCGGGAAACAAGGGAAGGGGUCAUCCAACCCGGCUCGUCGGACCAUGACCGUCCUCACAUACAACCUCGCCAGGACCGAGAUGAUUCCCAGCGGACAGAAUAUCAGCUGUAUGAUGAGGAGUCCUGGACCCUGCCUCUCCGGGUUCUGA